UCCCCUCCUCCCCGCUGCUCCCUCGCGCUGCGCCCGCGCGGUCACAGCUGCGGGCUGGAAGCUGUGAGCCCGAGCGCGGACUGGGCUGGGCUGCGCUGCACGCACAGCCUCAGCCGCCGCCCCUGCGGUUGUUCCUCUGUCAGGCCUUGCUUUGGAGCCAUGAUGACCGCCAUCCUAGAGCGCCUGAGUACUCUGUCUGUAAGUGGGCAACAGCUACGUCGCCUGCCCAAGAUCCUGGAGGAUGGUCUUCCCAAGAUGCCGUGCACUGUCCCAGAGACAGACGUGCCCCAGCUCUUCCGGGAACCUUACAUCCACACUGGCUACCGUCCUACAGGACACGAGUGGCGCUACUACUUCUUCAGCCUCUUUCAGAAACACAACGAGGUCGUCAAUGUCUGGACCCACUUGCUGGCAGCUCUGGCUGUCCUCCUGCGAUUUUGGGCCUUUGCUGAGGCUGAAGCCCUACCCUGGGCCUCCACCCACUCCCUUCCCCUGCUCCUCUUUAUCCUGUCCUCAAUCACGUACCUCACCUGCAGCCUUCUGGCCCACCUGCUCCAGUCCAAGUCAGAGCUCUCCCACUAUACUUUCUACUUUGUGGACUAUGUUGGCGUGAGCGUUUACCAGUAUGGAAGUGCCUUGGCCCACUUCUUCUACAGUUCUGACCAGGCCUGGUAUGAACGGUUCUGGCUGUUUUUCUUGCCAGCUGCCGCUUUCUGUGGCUGGUUAUCUUGCGCUGGCUGUUGCUAUGCCAAGUAUCGUUACCGCAGGCCUUAUCCAAUAAUGAGGAAGAUCUGUCAGGUGGUGCCUGCGGGGCUGGCCUUCAUUCUAGACAUCAGUCCUGUUGCACACCGUGUGGCCCUCUGCCACUUGGCUGGCUGCCAAGAGCAGGCAGCCUGGUACCACACCCUCCAGAUCCUUUUCUUCCUGGUCAGUGCCUAUUUCUUCUCCUGCCCAGUUCCUGAGAAGUAUUUCCCAGGUUCCUGUGACAUCGUCGGCCAUGGGCACCAGAUCUUCCAUGCCUUUCUGUCUGUCUGCACACUCUCCCAGAUGGAGGCUAUCCUCCUGGACUACCAGGGGCGGCAGGAAAUCUUCCUGCAGCGCCAUGGACCCCUGUCCGUCUAUUCAGCCUGCCUCUCCUUUUUCUUCUUGGCUGCCUGCAGUGCUGCCACUGCAGCCCUUCUGAGGCACAAAGUCAAGGUCAAACUGACCAAGAAAGACUCCUGAGGCUUAAAGGUGAAGCGAUGUGUUGAACUGGUCUGUCAUAAUUUGGGAGAAACUUGAUGCAAGAAUAGGAGUUGACUCUAUGCUGUUGGCUUUAGAUUAACACCUGUUUCCAAGGAUAUGCUGUGUCUGUAGCAGUGGAAAAUCAAAAUAAUCCAAGAGGUAUUUUUAUUGUUAAUAAAAGGAGUAUUUCUUUUUCCUCUGGGUCAUGGCCUUAGAAGGGAAGAGGUCUUGGCUAAACUUCACUGGACACUGAAGUACGGUAGUCAGCAUGCCUGAACAGUUCUUAGAAUUCUGAAUGUGGCUUCAGAGAUGAGUCCUAGAGCUGAAGAGAUCAUUAAAUCAAACUGGAAAGUAAGCAGCUGACUGUUCCAUACUGUAUUGGAAUGAACAUCUCACAGAAUUGGUUUUGGUAAAUGAAUAAGUAAGCUUGAGCCAAUGACCUAAUUUCAUCUGGAUUUUUGAUUGUCAAGGGUGGAGAACUAGGAAUCUUCAAGAUGAUUCAGUGAAACCCUUACACAUAAAGAACUACUCGGUUCAUCUGAUUUUUUUUUUUUUUUUUGCCUCCAGAAUUACUGCUGGGGCUCGGUGCCUGCACCAUGAAUCAAUCCCCUUGUUGUCGUUGUUGUAGUUAUUAUUUUUGUUGUUGUUGAUUUCAUUGUUGUUGGAUAGGACAGAGAGAAAUGGAGAGAGGGGGAGAGAAAGACAGACACCUGCAGACCUGCUUCAUUGCCUGUGAAGCAACUCCCCUGCAGGUGGAGAGCCAGGGGCUCGAACCAGGAUCCAGAUUCAUCUGAUUUUUGCUCCCUACUGUCUUUUCCACUCUAACACUGACCCCUUUCUCAGGAUGAUGUCUGACUGGCUGUUAAAAGUGCUGUUCAUUCUCAUCUAUACCUUGAAUGGUAAUACAGAAGACUAUGAAGCAGUCAUCCUUGGAGAGAAUGCUUGGAUCCACAUAGAUAUUCAAGAAACUUGCUAUCGUAUAAUACUAAUAUAAGCUGUAACAGAUAGCACAGUGCCAAGAACCACCAGGAGGCCCACCCAACAAGCCUGUCUACUGUGGUAUUGUGGGACCCUUCUGUUUUAUACAGGAUUACUUGGGAUUUAUUAGGGCUGUCUUACAAGCAAGAAGAUCUUGGCUUUGCUCUAUGAAAUCAUUUGCGGAUCUUAACCAAAAAAUGUUGUAGAAUGAACUGAAUUGGAUAUAAGGAUGCCUUAGUGAAAUUGUUAUUUAAGAGAACCCAUAUAACUAACUGCCAGGGUCAUCAAGCAGGCAAUUGGGCCUCAGCUUAGUGCAAAACUCUUAAGAUAGCCAAGCCUAUCUGCACAGCUAAGCAUCUGUGUUCACUGUGUUGGUCCCUGAAAGCUCCUUUAGAUAAUAACGGUGAAUUAAGUGCUCUGUUGCCAGAAUAUUCUUUGUGGAAUAGCACUGCCCAGCAGCUUCUAUGUGUUCUGGUCAUGCAGCCCUCUCUGAGGACUGGUUUCUGCACUAAUCCAGUGAAGGGGGCUGUGUUGAUAGAAGGGUCAUGAAGCCUUCUCAGAAACUACAUUUGCUAUCAGUAUAAAAUCCCUAUUUACUAAAAAUGGAGAAAGUUUGCUUUCAUUCCAAUUUGAUGCACUUCUUCUAUUGCUCACUUACCUGUAACUUUUACUUUUCCUCCCUUUUCUGAGAGAGAUACAUGAAUUUUAUGCCUUACAAAUAGAAAUGUGUGUACACUUAAUGUGUAGCCAUACGGAUUUUUCAGUUUUGGGUGAUCAUGCUGUAUGAGGAAAAGAAUUCUUUCUUUUCAACCAGAUGAAAGAAUCUUUAGGACAGUAAAAUUACUUCUCAAUAAAAAAAAAUUAUUUCUCUUUCAACCUAUACUAGUAGGAGAGGGAUAUUCAGUGAGCCAGGGAUGUAUUAAUUGCUCAGUAGUAGAGCAUGUGCUUUGCAUGUAUGAACCCCUGGUCUCUAUUCCCAGAGCCCCAUUCCUUACUCCCCCUGCAAACAAAAAAUAAUUCUGAAGUUUUCCAAUAAUCUUUGUAUCAGGAAAGUGUAUGUUGUUUCAGUUUUGCUAGAUGAGUUGUUCCUUUUAAUAUUUUAAUACCUGAACUUCUGUGCUGUUCUAGUGUCAGACACAAGCCACUGGAAUCAAGGCCAAUUUCAUGGCAUGUAGGUUUGGCAAAACUGAACUUGGUGAACUAGAUAAGGGAAUGGGGGAAGUUGGGCAAAUGCAUUACAAGUGAAGGUCAAUUUAAAAUGUGAACAAAGAAGUGUUUGAAAUGUUUGUUAUUGUGGAAAGAACAUGUUAAGGCAAGCUCUUGAAUAUAACAGGUGAUCCUAGUGAUCAGAAAUCUUUAGGCUAACUAUAAGGAUUUUUUAAAAAAAAAAAAAAAGAAAAGAAAAAAUAAGAGGAUGCCAUCCACAUACCUACACACUAUCAAGGGUCUGUGGUAAGUACACACAGAGAGAGAGACUAAGCUUUUAAAUGUUGCCAUACAAUUUCUGCUUUAAUGUGUGCAAGUAUCAUCUAUACAAGUGAUUGUUUUGGGUUUUUUUUUUUAAAGAAGGUUUUCCAUGAAUGAUAUUUGAGAAGCACUGAGGUAGGAAACUACCUUACUGAUACUGAUACCAGUAUCUGCUUAGAAAUAUAUAAACAGAAAAUGCAGAUACUUUUUAACUACUCACACUUUUCAGGGGUUGAAUACGCUUUUUAAAGACAUGCUCACUAAAAUGAAUUUAUGGGUAGGGACAGACCUAGUAUGGUAAAAGGAUUAAUUAUUUAACAAAAGUGAUGGUUAUCUUAUUCUACCACAGCUAGCAGCUGACAUUUACUGAUUCUCAAUUAUACUGUCUUCUUUUCUUUUUUUCUUUUGGCCUCCAGGAUUAUUGGUGGGGUUCGGUGCUGGCACUAUGGCUCCUGGUGGUCUUUUUUUUUUCAUUUGAUAAGACAGAGAAAUUGAGAGGGGAGGGGGAGAUAGAGCCACAGAGACAAAUGCAAACCUGCUUCACCACUGCAGGCGGGAAGAGGUGGCUCGUGCAUAUCCUGGUGCUUAGCACUCUAUGUGCAUAACCAGGUGCACCACCACCUGACCACCCCCCCCUCGCAGUUACACUGUUUUUAUCUUUCUCAGCUAAAAUUCUCAAGCUCUUAAAAUGUAAAUGCCUCUGAAAACCUAAACUAUCAGUCAUUUAUAGCCUGUGAAUAUAAUUCCUGAUAGAUUUUAUGUGCAAUCUGGUAAGGAAGGGAUACAACAAACUGAGGACACACUGAGUUGUUGGAAAAGUGAUGAUUCAUUUUUGCAUAGAAAAAUGACACGAAUCUGUCUUUCAUGUUCAACAACCCAAUUGUUGCUUGCAUGCUUCUUGAAUAGUACUUUCCUGACCCAUAUUUGCUUGUGAGUUAAUGAUGAUACUCUUCAGAGUAUUAUCUUCAGCUUUUUGGCUGAAAAGUACCUCACUCAAUAACAAUGUUCUCUGUCGUCUACCAAAAGCUUGAAGGCGCUGUGACCGUGGAGUAAAGGUGGUUCAAUCCUGCCUCUAUUAAUCCUCUAUUCAUAAAUUAUGCUUCAGUGCUUAAAAACAAUAGGUUCUUGGGAGUUGGGCGGUAGCGCAGUGGGUUAAGCACACGUGGCGCAAAGCACAAGGACCAGUGUAAGGAUCCCGGUUUGAACCCCAGCUCCCCAACUGCAAGGGAGUCGCUUCACGGGAGGUGAAGCAGGUCUGCAGGUGUCUAGCUUUUUCUCCCCCUCUCUGUCUUCCCCUCCUCUCUCCAUUUCUCUCUGUCCUAUCCAACAAUGACGACAACAAUAAUAACUACAACAAUAAAACACCAAGGGCAACAAAAGGGAAAAUAAAUAUUUUAAAAAACAAUAGGUUCUUCAGAUGUUGCACUGUCAUUUAAAAUUGAUCCUCUAGAUGGCACUCAUGUUUUAUUCAGAGAGGGCACUACUGUUGUCUCAAGGUCUCAGCCUACUACUACUAAUUGUGUUGGUCCUAAUGUUUUUGCUUGAUUGUCUGGCAAAAAAAAAAAAAAGGGAACUAUUUUCUAUUUAUAUAACUCUACUUAUACCAAUGACUAUUAAACAGAUUUUAUAUUUG